UCUGGAUGGUGAAGCUGUACCGUCACGUCGGCAGGGUGUAGGUCGUAACAUUUUGUUCUUCUCAUUAAAUCGGAUUUAAAGUCGAGCCGAGAGUUUUUCUUUUUCAACCGUGCGCGUAAGAGAUCCACCAACGGCUGCAAUUAAAUCCUCGCACACCGCAAAUCUUAAGCUUAAUAACGAAUUGGAAGUGUUUAAGUGUGGAAGAAAGAGGGCUCGUUGCAUUCGUCUGCGGAUCCGUGUACGAGUCUGGGCAGCAUUAUCAAGAUCACGGCUGCAGGCCAUUUACUGAUGGGUACAUACUGCGAGGCAACACACCAAGAGAGCUGCAAAUUAUUCGCGAGAGACGGGAACUGUGAAAGAAUGAAGACAAGCUAGAGACUGUUUUCACUGUAAAAUCAUAAAUUGUAGCUUUGUUGGAACAACAGCCAUUUCAACCAGCAAAUGAGUAGCUGGGCUUAAGUUACUCAGAAAAAAAACCCCUUAAAAAUAACAAGACUGGUACAGACUCAUCUUUACAAGUGAACUUUAAACAAACAAAUAUGAGUGCUGAAGGGUAUCAGUACAGAGCACUUUAUGAUUAUAAAAAAGAGAGGGAGGAGGACAUUGAUCUGCAUGUUGGGGAUAUAUUGUUGGUAAGCAAAGGAGAGCUGGUGGCUCUUGGGGUCACCGAUGGCCUGGAGCAGCGGCCAGAUGAGAUUGGCUGGUUGCCAGGCUUUAAAGAGACCACUCAGGAAAAAGGGGACUUUCCUGGCACCUAUGUAGAGUACAUUGGGAAGAAAUGGAUCUCUCCCCCUACACCCAAGCCAAGGCCCCUGAGACCCUUACCUGUAGCUCCAGCCUCCUCCUUCAAGUCAGAGAUGGACUCGGACUCAGAACAAGGUUUCUGCUUGCCCGACUUGACGGAGCAGUUUUCCCUUCCAGAGAUUGCUCCACCCAUUUUGAUCAAACUGCUGGAAGCAAUUGAGAUUAAAGGUCUGGAUAACCCCACAUUAUAUAGAACAUUUACCGCUGGUGCUGGACUUGAAGUCAGGCAGUAUUUUGAUUGUGACCCCCCAUCUGCAGACUUGGAUCACCUGGAGCUUCCAGUCCUGUGUGACGGUCUGCGUAGGUACUUGCAGGAUCUUCCCCAACCCAUCAUCCCCACUGCAAUAUAUGCUCAGAUGGUUCACAGUGCUAAAGAGGUGGUGAAUCCUGAGGAAUGUGCCCAGCUACUACGUCGCUUUGCCAGCGCCCCAGGCCGGCCUCCCCAGUACUGGCUGACUCUCCACUGUCUGCUAAGGCAUUUUGCUAGAGUGUGCCAAAACGGUCCCAAGAACCUGCUCAGUGCCAGAUCGCUGGGCGAGAUCUUCAGCCCUGUGUUUUUCAGACAACAGGCCACCAGUUGUGAACCCAGUCUGGAUUCUCACAUCAAGAUCAUUGAGGUUCUGGUGACCAGUGAGUGGAGUGACAGUCAAGCUGCACCAGCUCUACCUCCAAAGCCACCCAAGCCCACAUCUGUGAUUAACAACGGUAUGAACAACAACAUGGCGCUACAAGAUGCUGAAUGGUACUGGGGAGACAUCUCAAGGGAGGAGGUCAAUGAGAAACUGAGGGACACUGCAGAUGGUACGUUUUUGGUGCGGGACGCCUCUACAAAAAUGCACGGAGACUACACUCUGACUUUGAGGAAAGGAGGAAACAACAAGCUUAUCAAGAUAUUCCAUCGAGAUGGCAAAUAUGGCUUCUCUGAUCCACUAACCUUCAACUCAGUCGUCGAGCUCAUCAACCACUAUCGCAACGAGUCCCUGGCUCAGUACAACCCCAAGCUAGACGUCAAGCUGCUGUACCCCGUGUCUAAACACCAGCAGGAUCAAGUGGUAAAAGAGGACAACAUCGAAGCUGUGGGCAGGAAGCUCUGCGAGUACCACCAGCAAUACCAAGAAAAGAACAAAGAGUACGACCGUCUCUAUGAAGAGUACACCAGAACAUCACAAGAAAUCCAAAUGAAAAGGACGGCGAUAGAGGCUUUCAAUGAAACUAUCAAAAUAUUCGAGGAGCAAUGCCAAACACAAGAGCGCUACAGCAAGGAGUAUAUUGAGAAAUUCAGGAGAGAAGGCAAUGAAAAAGAGAUUCAGAGGAUCAUGGGAAAUUACGAGAAGUUGAAAUCGAGGAUUAGUGAAAUAGUAGACAGCAAGCGCAGGCUGGAAGAAGACUUGAAGAAACAGGCAGCAGACUACAGGGAGAUCGACAAGAGGAUGAACAGCAUCAAGCCUGACCUCAUCCAGCUCCGCAAGACCAGAGACCAGUAUCUCAUGUGGUUGACCCAGAAGGGAGUCAGGCAGAAAAAACUCAACGAGUGGCUGGGAAUCAAGAACGAGAGCACAGAAGAUCAAUAUUCUAUGGUGGACGAUGAUGAAGACCUUCCUCAUCAUGAUGAGCGGACCUGGAAGCUGGGCAACAUCAAUCGAUUACAGGCGGAGGCGAUCCUCCAGGGCAAGAGAGACGGAACAUUCCUGGUUCGAGACAGCAGCAAAGCGGGAUGCUACGCCUGCAGUGUGGUUGUGGACGGCGAGGUGAAACACUGCGUCAUCAACAAGACCCCCACAGGGUACGGCUUCGCUGAACCUUAUAACCUGUACAACUCAUUAAAAGAACUCGUUCUUCACUACCAGCACACGUCUUUGGUCCAGCACAAUGACUCUCUGAAUGUGACACUAGCGUACCCUGUGUACGCUCAACAGAGACGAUGAGGACCCGGACGUAUCCAUAUUGACGAUUAAGGCCCCAUGGAAGUUGGAGACAUGUUUCGACCACCAUGAUUAAGGCUUCGAUAGCCGGACUCGGACUUGAAGUUGGAGGAAAAGACACAACAAAGCCUGAAACAUUUCAGUGACUUUGCCUAAACCAUGAGCCUGAGGCGAGUCUGAAUGUAGAUUUUUUUUUUCCCUUUUUGCUUUUUGUGGGAGCACAGAAUCGAGCGAACACUGCUGAACUCGCCCAGCGGAGGACAUUUGAGGCCUUCUCCUUAUGGUGCUUGUUUUUGUUUUGUUUUUUCCCCCUGUUCCCAAAAGCUUUACCAGCUGGAUUAUCAAAUCGCAACAGAACUCACCGGCUACAAAUUUUGUUUUUCCUUUUUCCCCUUCUUCCCCUGUUGUGUGUGUCUGUGUGCGUGUGUGUGUGUGUGUGUGUGCGAGACUGUCCAUGUGACCAAAUCUCAUAGAAUCAGGAAACUCUGUGAUAUUGGAGGGCUGUGUAACACUUUGCUUGUAUUAACUGUUCAGUAGCAGACCAUGGAUCAGCUGACAAAUGUAGCAAAAUGGCACUUUUUAAAAAACAAAACAAAGUUUCAUUUUUUUAAUUUUUUUUUUGUUUGAAAAAAAAAAGAAAAGAAACUCCUAUGGACUUUUAUUAGAAGAGCAGAGAGGACAAGUACCCACAUUCUGCCUUCUCACUGAUGAGCAUUACAGUGCAUACGUAAACUUGAUUUGAACUGUGGGCAGGGAGAAACUAUGAAUGGACUAUUCUUUCAUGUACAUAUGUGAAAAUGUGCAGUCAUGACUCAUACCAAAAAGGAUUUGUUCCUCUUUAGUUGUAUCCUGAUCUGCUAUGCAAACCUUUCUCCAUUUUUAUUUCAGAAUUGUUUUAUUCUGUUGCAAACCCACAAUAUAAGCUUGGUUUAGUGCUUGAAAAGUAUUUUUUGUUCCUGUGUAAAUAUCCAAGAGGAUAUUUUGUCAAAAUGCCAAGAUACAGUUUAAAAAAAAUGCUUAUGAUUUUUAAAGAUGAUAGAAACAUACUUUAUUAUAAAUUACUUUAACAACUGGUAUACAGAUGAAAGUUUUUUUUUUUUUUGGCUUCAAACUAAUGUUUUCUUCUCAGGCAGAGCCUUUUGAGUAUUUGAGCUGCUUUAGUCACAAGUACUAUUUCCGACAGAGCUAAGCCUACAUGCAGUUCUUUGUUAAAACGGACAAAGAAGGUCAGGCUGAUGGGAUUGUACAACCCUUAUCUACCAUCACAGAAACAACAGUAUAGAUUUAUUUUGUUAUAAAAUAUAUUUGUUCCCAUAUGAGAAUAUAUCAAAGCAGACUGGUGUUUUCAACUGGUGGAUAUUGCUAUUAAAGAUCAAUAUGCAUUGUACACUUACUAUUUUUUCUGUAUCAGAAAAUCACUGUGUUUACAUGGGUGGAUCGGCUCAUUUCAGAUGGUAACAUAAUAUUUCAUAACCCCUAAAAGAAGGAAAACAAAGAGCCACGUGCUCUAUUCCCACACCCUAAAUUUGGCUUUUACAAGUCCACGAUACAAGUGCGCCAGACCACGUAAACUAUGACGUGAAAAAUCACAAACUGUAUUACUCACAAUAUAUUUUGUAACCCUUCAACAUGUCAUCACAGCUGUCAGGUGAACCUGUUGAACGUAUCUGUAGAAAACUAGUUGUAGAGACAUUAACAGAAUCUGAUUUUGAUAGUUUUCCCGUUUUUUGUUGGCGUGACACUUUACUUUAAUUUCCAUCUUGGACACAACUUGUUCUCUUGGGAACAGUCUACAUGUACAAACCACGGAGGAAAGCUUAGUUUUAAUUCACAAUUUUCGUUAUUUACACACAGACUAGUUUAACACAUUUGACCAAAUUACUCAUUCACAACUUUAAAUGUAACACAUUUAUAGGAAUUGUCUUUUUCCUUUUUUCUUCCCCUCCCUUCCUCCAAAGCUGUUAACAGGUGUGUCUCAUAUUUGACAUUUAGAUCCUCAGCAGCUGCUGGCAUGAACAUUUUGAUUCCCUUUGUCAAUUUUUCUUAAGUUUGACAACAUGCACCAUUAUUUCUUUACCCCAUUUCUGGGUAGUAUUGUUGUUUUUAUUGUUGUCCUUUUUAUUUGAAGCUCCUCUUAGGUGUUGGCGUCCCAAAAACGAUUGGAUUGAGAUUGCCAGUGUUCCCCAGUUUUGCUUUGACUCUGUAUUGGGCUUUGUUAAAAAUGAAAUAAAACUCUUCUUUUUACAAAACAA